GGUUGAUCCAUAUGGGUUUGAAAGGCCGGAAGACUUUGAUUAUGCGUCCUAUGAAGCAUUUUUUUCCAGAUAUCUAGUGGUACUCACUAGAAGAGCAAUAAAGUGGUCCAAGCUCCUAAAAGGGAAAAACAGUAUACAGAAGAGUUUAAAAGUGAAGAGAUAUAUCAGGAAAGGCAUCCCCAAUGAACACCGCGCAUUGGUCUGGAUGAUUGUGAGUGGGGCCCAAACCAACAUGGAACAAAACCCUGGAUAUUACUACAGACUGCUUGAAGGAGAGAAGAAUGGCAAACUGGUUGAAGCAAUCAAAACAGACAUGAACAGAACAUUUCCAGAUAAUGUAAAAUUCCGAAAAACCGCUGACCCCUGUUUGCAGCACACGCUCUACAACGUGUUGGUAGCAUAUGGGCAUCAUAAUAAAGCAGUAGGAUAUUGUCAGGGCAUGAACUUCAUAGCUGGAUACCUGAUUCUUAUUACGAAGAAUGAAGAGGAGUCUUUUUGGUUGCUAGAUGCUCUUAUUGGAAGAAUAUUACCUGAUUAUUACAGUCCUGCCAUGUUGGGCCUGAAAACCGAUCAGGAAGUCCUUGGAGAACUUGUGAAAAUGAAAGUCCCGGCGGUGGCAGAGCUGAUGGAAAGACACGGAGUCAUGUGGACGCUUGUGGUGUCACGCUGGUUUAUAUGCUUGUUCAUUGACAUUCUUCCAGUGGAGACUGUGCUCCGAAUAUGGGAUU